AUGAAAUUUUCAGGACUCGAAAAUGUGGAACACAAAAUUGUCAAAGGACGAAAUUCUAACGGUGUUGCAAGAGUUGUUGGAAACCGGGUUUACCUAAAAGUCAAUAUCAAAGAUGAGCAGCAACUAUACCCACUUGUCGAAUUCCUGCAAAACAAAAUCGCAACACCGAACAACUUGUUGUUCGAUGAUUUCCAAUUUGACGACAAUCAGCUAUCGAUGCGAAUCAGCCGAUUAGAAAGCCAAAAGCCGAAAGCGGAAAAGCGCAUCGAUACUGUCGAAGGAGUCGCGCAAGCUGUCUGUGAGUGUUAAUC